UUCCUCCCCUCGGGGCGGCCGAAGCGCUCAUCUUCCGUCCUGCCCGCGGCGGCACGGCAGGCUGCCCGCCCGCCUCGCCCCUAUGAGCCUGCUCGGCGGCUACCGCAAGAAACCCGGAGGUGACGGCUAUGAAUCUUUGCAGCUGGUGGAGAGCGGCGCUGAGGGAGGCGGCGGUGGGCCCGGCGCGGUGGGGGCGGGCGGCCGGAGCCCCGCGCGGCAGCAGCAGCAGCAGCACCGCGCCGACGGCAGCACCAUGGACAGCUCCGGUGCCUCAUCACCGGACAUGGAGUCCAGCUAUGGGGGAGGCUUGCUGGAUAUGGUGAAAGGAGGAGCAGGGAGGCUCUUCAGCAAUCUGAAGGAUAACCUAAAGGAUACUCUGAAAGACACGUCUUCAAAGGUCAUGCAAUCUGUUGCCAGUUACACCAAGGGAGAACUAGAUAUUUCAUACAUUACCUCGAGAAUCAUAGUGAUGUCUUUUCCGGCUGAAGGCGUUGAGCUGGGAUUCAGGAACCACAUUGAAGAUGUCCGGACAUUUCUGGAUUCCAGACACCCUGACCACUACACAGUCUUCAACUUGUCACCCAAGUACUAUCGCAGUGCCAAGUUUCACAACAGGGUAUCUGAAUGUAGCUGGCCGGUACGACAGGCGCCCAGUCUGCACAAUCUCUAUGCUGUCUGCAAGAACAUGCACAACUGGCUGCAGCAGAACCCAAAAAACGUGUGUGUCAUCCACUGUAUGGAUGGCCGUGCAGCCUCAGCAGUUCUGGUCAGCGCGAUGUUCUGUUUCUGUCACCUCUUCUCUAACCCAGGCCCUGCUAUGCAGCUGCUGAACACAAAGAGACCUGGAAUUGUACUGUGGCCAUCUCACAGGAGAUACAUAGGAUACAUUUGCGAUCUAAUAGCAGACAAGCCCGUCAUUCCUCAUUGCAAGCCACUUACUAUCAAGUCAGUCACCCUCAGCCCAGUCCCCUGUUUCAACAAGCAAAGAAAUGGGUGCCGGCCCUUCUGCGACAUCCUCAGUGGAGAAACCAGAAUUCUGACCACAUCCCAAGAGUAUGAGAGAAUGAAAGAAUACCGCGUGCAAGAAGGGAAAGUCCUAAUUCCACUGGGAGCCACUGUCCAUGGAGAUGUUGUUGUUUCUGUCUACCAUAUGAGGUCAACCAUUGGGGGACGCCUUCAAGCAAAAAUGACCAACACGCAAAUAUUCCAAAUUCAAUUUCAUACUGGAUUUAUAGCCCUGGGAACAACCACAUUAAAAUUCACCAAACCUGAACUGGAUGCCUGUGACUCUCCAGACAAAUAUCCCCAGCUUUUCCAUGUUAUACUGGAGAUAGAAAUACAGUCUACUGAUAGACAAACAGAGUUAACUCCUCCAUGGGAGAACUUCACAACAAAAGACAUCAAUCCAACCAUUCUCUUCUCCUCUCAUCAGGAGCAUCAGGACACUCUUGCUUUGGCAGGUAAAGGUCCCACUGAUUCACCCCAGGAUAACAUCAGGAAUGUUGGACAGAGUGCAUUCUUCUCAUCUCUCAGCUGGCAAGAUCAGAAAUCUGACAAAAGUAGCUCUCACCCCACCUCGGAGGACCGAGCAGCGUUGGUGCAUGAGGAAAGCGAGCAGUCAGAUGAUGAACUCUUGUCCCUUUCCAGUCAACACAGCAAUGCCAGCGGCGACAAACCCCACGGGACGCCAAAACAUGGCAAAAAGCAGCAAGAGCUGUCGGCACCGCCUCCGCCUGAGGAUGUGGACCUGCUGGGGCUGGAUGGCAGCCCCAUGAGCAAAACCUUUCCCUCACAGCCGGCAGCAGCCCCCUCUAACUCGGACUUGCUGAGCGAUCUGUUUGGGGUUGGCGGGCCGGGCUCCCAGGGGCAGAGCACACAGCCUGCUGCCGACGAGGUCUUUCACAUGGCGGGGCCCGGAUCGGUGCAGUCCACUCCUCGGCAUUCCGCAGCCUCGGCAUCCCCGUCCCCAUCCCCGAGGGUGGGAGAAGCAUCUGCCUUUGAUCCAUUUGGAAGUAGCCCUAAGCAAGCUGGUCCAGACCUCCUGGGUUCCUUUCUCGGUUCAUCAAAUGUCCCCGGUGAUCCUUUCCUUCAGGCAACAAGAAGUCCUUCACCAACUGUGCACAGCGAUCCCUUCCACAUGGCUUCUAGCACACCAACAGUUUCCAUACAGCCAGAUGUUUCAGGUGGCUGGGACUGGCCCAACAAACCAGGUGGCCUAGGUAUGGGAAGUAAGUCGGCCGCUACCAGUCCUACAGGAUCCCUCCAUAGCACUCCCACCCACCAGCCUAAACCCCAAACACUGGAUCCAUUUGCUGACCUGGGGACUCUUGGAGCAAGUUUAGCAGGUGGCCCUUCAUUUGCCAGUAAACCAACCACGCCGACGGGUAUGGGCGGAGGAUUCCCCCCCUCACCACAGAAGCCCUCUCCGCAGCCCAUGGGCAGCAGCUGGCAGCAGGGAGCUGGCUAUGGCUGGCAGCAGGCACAGCCCAAGGCCCAGCCAGGCAUGCCCCAUGCCUCGCCCCAGAACAAGCCCAACUACAACGUGAGUUUCUCAGCAAUGCCAGGAGCGCAAAAUGAACGUGGAAAAGGACCAGCUAAUGCUGAUUCAAAACCAAAAGUGUCUGCAGAUUUCGAAGAUCUAUUAUCUGGUCAGGGUUUUAAUGCUCAUAAGGACAAGAAGGGACCCAAAACAAUAGCUGAGAUGAGAAAAGAAGAAAUGGCUAAGGAGAUGGACCCUGAGAAACUGAAAAUCCUGGAGUGGAUUGAAGGAAAGGAGAGAAAUAUAAGAGCCCUGCUGUCCACAAUGCAUACUGUCCUAUGGGCAGGGGAGACCAAGUGGAAACCUGUUAGCAUGGCAGAUCUUGUAACUCCAGAGCAAGUGAAGAAGGUCUACCGACGGGCAGUGCUUGUCGUUCAUCCUGACAAGGCUACUGGGCAGCCAUACGAACAAUAUGCAAAGAUGAUAUUUAUGGAGCUAAAUGAUGCCUGGUCAGAAUUUGAAAACCAAGGACAGAAACCCUUGUAUUAGGUACUUUCUCAGUCUCCACUACAGACCUGUGCUAGUGCUUGUAUAGUCUCUUGUCACAAAUGUCACAGAUCAACCAAACUCUGGCUGGAAAUUCAGAAGUUUCAGAAAACAAAGAGCCUAAUACUUAUCAUGAAGAACAAGAGAAAGGUUUCCUUAUGCUUGUUUCAAGAAUCCUGAGCUCAAAAGGAACUCUAGCCAUCUGGCUUGUCAUCUGAGAGCCACAGGGCUACAGUUCCUUGUACCUUUUUUUUUCCCCUUUGGAUUCCAGUGGGGUGAGAGAGAACACAUUCUGGGAAAAGGUGGGAUUGUUCUGUCUCUGACACAGUGUAGCUGGUGAAUUUCCUACUUUUUUUUGUGUGUGUGAAAUGUGAUAAUGGCAACACUUCACUUGAGUUCUGUAACUGCUGGUGAAGCCCAGACUUUGAUGUAUUUUCUUCCUCGGUUUGGAUCAAACUUCAUCAAAUUUAAGUGCUCAGAUGUGGUUUAGGCACACUUCUAACAGUCACCAUUUGCUGCUUAGUUGCUCAUAUAGCAUAGUAUGCCUGAGUAGAGACAAAGCUGAAGCCUGGGUAGAUCACUGUGGCAGCUUACUGCUGCUUUAUGCAUUAAUACUGUACUUCACCUCACAGUCCAGCAGUGAAAUGUGUGGAAAAAAAUUCCUCAGCAUCAUGGAGUAAGUGUCUUUAAAGCAAACAGCAAGUAAUUGAUGUUACACAGCACCUUGAUGGCUUGUUAAACAACAGUUCUGGGGGACUAGUGAGCUGGGGGGAAGAGUGGUUCUAUGUUAGUAGAAGGGAAUAAUGAGCAUGUGCUACAUUUCCCAUGAGGUUCUCAUCAGUAAUUUGAAGCCAUCAAACAACAGACAAUACCCAUAAGCUAAAACUCUACUGCAAACUUUUAGAAACUUCCUAGCCUAUAGGUAACAGCUCUCCUCCUGAGGAUUCAGAAGACUUUUUCCAGCCCACCUGCAUCACCUCUAUGCCUUUAUCAGCUCCAGAGCACUUGCAAAGGCUCCUGGCAAAAUGCAACCCAUUGCAACUUCACUUUUCAGACCACGGUGUACAAGCUGUCAUGCAGACAUCUGUGGGCCAGGUCUGAUUUUUGAGGUAAAUUGUGCAAAUUAAUGAUCUUAGAAGUUUAUUAUGGACCAAAGCAAUAAUAUCGUAAUGAAAUAUCUUUGAUGCUGAAGCAUCUUUCCUAGUUCAAAACAAGUUAUGCUCUUCACCCCAAAUCUGACUUUCUCCUUUUGUAGAAUCACUGAAGCUAGCAGUUUGUUUACCAACAAUUGUAUCUGUAUUUGAGCUUUGGAAGGCAGAUGUAUUGAGAAGAUAAGCAGGAAAUCAUUUCAUUUUGCUGCUUGAGGAACAGGUUGCCAUCUGAUGCGAGUCAUUAAAGCUAGUGGUUUUUAAAGACAAUCCACUUGUUGCUGCACUUAAAUUUUCAAGUGGCAAAACUUUUACUGCAAAGACAGAGUGUCAAAGUACAUUGCUUUCUGUAUAAAAGUCAUCCUUUUGUUGUAUUGGUCCAUUAUUUACUACCAUUAAUUGAAAAUGUGAAACCAACACAUAGGUCUCCUUUUAUAUAAAAGACCUUAAGAUAAUAGUAACAAACUGGAUGUUAUUUAUUAAUGUUUUGAUCCAGUAUGUGCUUGUCUUAUUUAAAGAGAUAACUGGAAUGUGAAUCAUGUUCCUGUGAUUUGUUGGUUUAUUGUUUCUCAUUCACAUUUGUAGAUAUUGUGACCUAUGCCUAUAUAAUAAAAAGGAUCUCAUUACUAUAAUGUACUUUUUUUUUUUUUUUUUAAAUAAUGGAAACUAUGUUAGCUUUGUAUCAGGUUUGUCAUGGCAAACAACUCUGGAUACUCAUACGUUCACAAAAUGCAAAUCCAUCAUUAAACUUUAUCUACCCAAAGAAACCCUACCCCACUUAAACUUUGAUUACUUCAUCCCUAAUGUUUUUAUGGGUGCAUGAAAGUAUUAGGACGUAUGUAUAUCAAAAUAGUUAACUAAAAAAAAAUUCUUGUCAUAUCUGGUAGUGACAGAGGUUAUCAAUGUUCAGGUUUACCGUUUGACUAAAUUAUUGUAAUUUUUGUAAAUACAGUAUAUACUCAAUGAAAUUGUGACUGGUCUAAAACAUUUGUAUAUACAUUAAAAAGCUGAAAUGAA